UGUGGAUGUGGAUGUCCUCUCCGGGAGCAGAGGCGAGCCAAACCGAGCCGCAUGCUUGCCGUGCAACAAGACGAACAGGAGCGAAAUGGACCGCCGGACAGCAGCAGCAGCAGAACCAUCCAGUGAGGACCGGCACAGUUUUUAGGGUCCUGUUAUAAUCUGGAGGACACACAGACAUGAAGAAAUAGAAGCACCAGUUGAGGCCCUCCAGCUGACCUCUGGGCUAAGUCCUGGCCGCGGGGCUUUGUUGUUGGUGGGCCAUCUGAACAGGCGUGUAUGUGAGUGAGAGGUAAUGAAGUCCAGCAUGAGGCAGUGGCGGAGGCUGGUGCUGGUGGGAAUGCUGGCCUGGGUUCUCCUCUUCCUCGCCCUCCUCUCCUACUUCCUGGAUGCUCGUGUAAAUGAGCCCCUGACCUCUGCUGGCUCUUUACUCUCCCAGCACCCUGACACCCGUCGCCUGGCCUCUAUACAGGCCUCCCAUCAACAGCACACCAGCCUGGGCUCCCGUGCUGAACUGGCUUCCACCUUAACUACAACCUACCCCAGAGAGGAGCCCUCUGCCAGCUCCACGACCCCAGAGUUCAGCCUGGAGGUGAGCCACAGCCCCAACAGUGCUCCCUACGCCAUUUAUGGUGGCCAGGAGGCCAGCCACCAGGACUACUUGGAUCCACAGAGCCUGGCUGCCUGGUCCUCCUUUGGUACAGAAAAUGUGGGUUCUCACUCAGACUCUGCAGUACAGAGUCGUGAGAGAACUUCCCAGACCACAGAGGACCAGAACCAUGUCAGCACCACACGUCACCGCAGUGUUGAGGAAGAAGAUGAAGAUGAGAGGGAGAAUGAAGAUGAAGAACUAGGAAACAGGAUGAGGACUACAGCAGGCAGGAGGGCUGGUGGUGACUCCUCUGAUCUGGAGGAAUAUUACUUCUCCAAGUCAGCCUCUGUGGUGCAGCGGCUGUGGCGGGGCCGCGUGUCCGCCGGCAUGCUAAGUCCUCGGCUGCAGCGCGCCAUGAAGGACUACGUCAGUGCCAACAAACACCACGUUUCCUACAAUGGGCAUCGCAGAGUCGCCCAGAGCGCUAAAGAGCUGCUGUGUCAAAUGAAGGCCCAGGCCCGGCUGAGGACAGUGGACGGGUCGGAGCAGCCCUUCUCCUCACUUGGUUGGGCUCAUCUUGUUCCGUCUCUUCCCCUGGAACAAGUGUACAGGCAGCAGGACCAGAGCAGCUUCAAGACCUGUGCGGUGGUCACCUCGGCUGGUGCCAUCCUGCGCUCAGGACUGGGCAAAGAGAUUGAUACGCAUGAUGCAGUUUUACGGUUCAACGCUGCACCUACAGAGGGAUAUGAGAGGGACGUGGGGAACAAAACCACCAUCCGUAUCAUCAACUCGCAGAUUUUGGCCAAUCCUAAGCAUCGAUUCAACACAAGCUCAAUCUAUAAGAAUGUGACCCUCGUGGCUUGGGACCCUGCCCCUUACACUGUCAACUUACACAAGUGGUAUGCCAGUCCCGACUACAACCUGUUCGGUCCGUACGUGGAGCACCGCAAGCUCCAUCCUGGACAGCCCUUCUACAUCCUUCACCCCAGCUAUGUGUGGCGACUCUGGGAUGUGAUUCAGGGCAACACUCAGGAGAAUAUCCAGCCCAAUCCUCCCUCGUCUGGCUUCAUAGGCAUCCUCCUAAUGAUGGCGCUGUGCGAGCAGGUGCAUGUGUACGAGUACAUUCCCUCAAUGAGGCAGACGGACCUUUGCCACUACCAUGAGCGUUAUUAUGAUGCCGCCUGUACGCUGGGUGCCUACCACCCCCUCCUGUACGAGAAGAGCCUGAUCCAGCGGAUCAACAACGGGCCCGAGAGUGACCUCAGGAGGAAGGGACGAGUCACUCUUCCAGGCUUCAGCACCGUCAACUGUGACAUCUGAGAUAUGAAACCUGACCCUCUGAGCCCGGACGUAUACACACACUCUGGCCGUUUCUGGCUGAGUAAGGGAGAGGUGCAAUAAAUCCACUGGAGACAAGGAGGCUGGAGCUUAGAAGUUUCAAAUUAGAACCAUGAAGAACAUAAGCCAUAGCCCUCCAGGGAGGGAUCAACGUGGGGGCUUCUGAAAGAACUUGUCUUCAUCAAGAUGGUUUACUAGACCAGAGACUGGCAGGAAGAGUCUCUGAGACGGAGCUGAAAAAGACGUUUCUCUCUGCUUUAGCUGAGCCACGUUAGCGGUGGAGCUGACUAGGGUAGCAACAGAUCAGUGUUUUUAGAUAGACACGUGAAUUUUCAAUAACGGUGUGUUUCAAUGGUGUAAACUGUGUUUUUCAAUAGUAUGAGUGGUUCUCCACUUAAAGGAAAGGCCGCUGUUUAUAGCAGUGGAUAUCUGUGAUUUUUCUUUUUCUACUGGUCCAAAGGGUUGUGAAUAAGCAGUCAUCCAAGCUGAAUGUCAUAAAUGCAACAUACACUCUCAAAUAUACACACAUUCACACUAACGCAUCACUGUACAUUUCAUCGCCCUGCAGCAGGUGAUCCUGUUUGACAUUCCUCUGAUUAUCUCCUUGUGUAAUCAGAAAUUGUUUCGUGUUGUCACGCUGGGUUUAUUUCUCACGACUGAUGUUCUAAUGCCUAAUACUAAACUACUCUCCUGUGCAUGCAAACCUGCCAGCUCACUACCACCAGUUUCUCACUCCCUGGUCACACGUCUAGGACGUUUCAUCAUUCAGUGUCAAGAAGGCUGACUCUCUGUUGAUAGCCCACAGGAUGCGAGGCACUGGUUGUCCUUUUUGGAUUCAUCCUACUUGUAGUAACUUUUUUUUUUUUUUUUUAACUAACGGCAUAAUCAAAUCAAAAUGAAUGGGGCCAAAAUGAGAACAAACCGGUGCUCAGAACAGCCGUAACCCUGUGCCUAGUGGUCAGCUGAACACUUUCCUCGGGUUGCCUUGUCACUGUUCAGAUACAUGCAGUACAUACUUUGGCAGGACUGCAGUAACAUAGAGUUUAUUGCUGCGAGAGAUGUGGAGCAGUUGAUAUUGCUGAAGCGAGCUGUAUCAGGGGAUUCUCAGCUCUGCACUCAGCAAUCACCAGCCCCUGUUUGUGACAGUUCACUCUUUAUUGAAUGUAAUUUUACCACUGCGUGUAAUGGCCAAACCCUCCCUGGAGCUCACCACUGCAGUGUGGUCUGCGUCUGUGAGGGGUUAUUUCUUUGUCACGUAACAGCAUGAAGCUCAUUUCCUACAACCAUAAAUAUCUCAUAUUUCCUCAAUCCUCUAAUGCUGGUCUGUACCUGUCCAAAGCUCAGAGUGGGCACGAUUAUAAAAGAGGAAUCUGAGCCGGUGAUGUCAUCAGAUUUCUUUUGUCUGCAGGUAGGAUGGUUUUUAUGUUUACAGUCAGUCAGUGCCACAUCUGCAGCAAGCUCUAGAGGUAUUAGUUGAGCACAGAGAGGAGAGUUGUUAGUUAUGAUUUUUGCCGCAGACAUUCAGUCAGAAAAAUCUUGCCUAUAACAGAGAUUUUUAUUGCUACAUGUGCUAUUCUACAAACUGUUCUUGUGCCAUUGGUUGUGGUUUGUAAUAAGAUGUGAAAACCAGUGACGGAAAUGCUUUGAAUAAUCUGAUGUUUGUCGAAUUAGAUGGCUCUGUGGUGGUAGUAUGUAGAUGAUUCCGGGGCUUAGCAUUACUUAGUGUUUAUUAGGGCUGGGUGUCAUUCAAAAUGUAUCAGUACUACUAUAAACACAUACUGUGAUGAUUACAAAACAACAAAACUUUUAAAAAGACAGAAACAAGCAUCUGACGCCAAUUUUUAAUACCAACAUGCAGAUUAACUCUCCUGUUGUGGGAUUUGAUAUUGCAACACAGAUGAUACUGUAUAUCAUGAUCCAGUAAGUCAAAUAAAACAGCCCCGCCCACUUCUCAACUAAACAGCACCACAAACCGCAGCCGCAAACUGAUCAUACAGUUAAAUCGACACCUCCCUAAAAGCAGAACAUCAUAACCUUCGUGACGACAGGAUUUAUUGGGGGGGCUGUUGCAUUUGACUGCAUGAUUCAGUGAAUUGCAUACAUGAUAAAGGUAUUUCAUCACAUUGAUGCAAAAAUCCUGUAAGGUCAGUGUUGGCAUGUAGGAGUUCCUCUCAGUGAUUUGCAGUUUGUACAGUAAUAUCUCUGAUACUGACAACAGGUCUCGUGUUACAUAUAUGGUCGCAUACUUGCUGACAGUGUAAAAAGUACUUAGGUGUGAUACCCAGCCCAGUUUCAGGUGGAUUGUUUGACAUGCCAUUAGAAGAGCAAGGAGCCCAGUGAGGUCACUGGAACUGUUAGAUGUCCGUAACAGAGGUUUAAAAAACUUUAGGAGAUUCACCAUUCAUUCUGAAUCCCGCUCUGCUGUAGGUUUUAUGUUGCUCUGUUGAGAUAAAUGAUCAGUUUUUGUUUGUUUAUUUUAAUUUUUUUUUUUUUUUGCUUGUGAUUGUAAACACACUGAAGGUGCAAAAACCCUGAACAUAUUGUACAUGUAUAUUCCUGAUAACUUUGAUUACUUUCCGAUGCACAGAGCAUGCAAAUCAGGAUCAGGGCUAAGAGUCUUAAACUGUCUGUGCUGUACCGUGCUGCAAGUAGACACCAUGUCAUUAAUGUCGUGAGAGGCGAUUGUCCUAGAAGAUUGUUUUGGUUUUUUUUCUUAAGUGGUGUUUUACAGAUUUUAGUGCAUGCUUGUGGACAGGGACAUCACAUCCAGCUGCGGUGCAGUUGUUUAGUAGUUCCCAGGGAGCACUCGAUUAAGUGCAACGGCUUCUGGCAACUUCGUGUCCACAUCUUAAUAUUGUGCCAAAUUCUAUUUUUAGUUGUGUCUCAGCAGGAUGGGCUGAGCGUGGGAAGAGGACUAAAGAGUGAUAGCAGGACUUCUAAGGUGCUAUUGCUUCUCUCUGGGAUGCUUAAUGUGGAAUAUAAUUUGAUUUUGAAUCCUCUUCAAAACGACCAUAUCCCUGCCAGUAUUAAAUACCAGGACAUUGUACUGUAACUGUAAUGUUUGACCAGUGGUCAUGUGGUGAGAAGAUUUGCAGACACUGUUGAUUACAUUUUGCCCUCUCCGCCUCUCCAGUCACGUCUUGUUUUUACUCAGAAUUGUGGGAAUUGCUGCACCACACUGCCUCUGAAUGAUUGUUCAAGUUUUAAGUUUUACAUUUCCUUCCUUCCUGCAGUAUUCCUGAAAAGAGGAAAAGAAAAACAAGCAUCCAUGACUGACUAAGAGUGAAGGUCUUGUUUCACUUUAAACAGCCUUAGGGUGUUCUUCUUGACUUUGAUUUGUCAGUGAAUUCUCUUCUUACACUUGAAUUGGUAUUUAAAUAGACCAUUUGUAUGAUUUCAGCUGUUGUAAUUUGUCUUUUUUUACUGUGUAAAUAAAGCUGUUG